UCCCUAAGAAAACCACCUGCUUCUGUUUGAGCACCCUCGCAGUAUUCCGGUCCUCACAAUGACCAAAUGAUUUGUGUAGCGCAUAUGUAUUUGGCGCCUCCUUGUAUCAGUGUUUACUUUUAAGUAAAUAAAAAAUAAAAAAAAUAGUGAAAAGUAUGAGUCUGUGGGCUUCUUAAUUCUAUGUUGGAAUGUAAAUUACAGAUAUCCAUUUUCUAUGUGAGUAAAACAAAUAUUAUGUAAAUUUGAUCUGUCAUUGCUUGACUUUAUCUUGACAACUGUUAAAAGACAGCUGAAUGACGAACUGGUAGUACGACCGUUAAUCUCGACUGUAGUGUAUCUCUGCGGUAUUGAGGUGGUAUCUGCCAAUAAUCUCAUAAAUUUCAUCAUCGGCCCCUCGAAUUUUUUGAUUUUCUGAACAAUUCACGUUUUGCAGAUGUGAAGUCUAUAUCUGUAACCCGUCACACUACAUUUAAUGCUUCGGUGGUUUCAUAUAGAUACGAUUUGGCGAAGUGCCAUGCACUGAGACUAGGGUGUUGACUAUAGGGUUUUCGUCUUCAUUCUGGGUGACGUAUUGCUAGGGUUUAUUGUGAACAAUACCUUACACUUGGGACUAGAAAUAAAUUUAUUACUAAGCACAUGAACUUCGAGAUCACAUUAUCCCUCAGAUUGGUCCGAAUCGGUCUCAUGUUUGAUGUUCAUUCGCUGUUGAACUUUAGUAACAACAUCACUGGAGGUCAACCUAGGGUCUUGGUCGAUGUAAUCAGUCAGACCAUAUCUAGGGAUCGAAUAUGUUAUAUUAACUUUCAACGGAGUAUUAGAGAAAAUCUAGAUCAAUCUAGACUGCUGAUCCAGCAGUCGUCUAAAUUUAUCUUCAGUACUCCACAGCCGUCACCCAUCGCUUUUGUUAUUCUACAUUUACGUCAUUUAUGUUUAUUUACCUUUUGAUCCAAGUUGUUACUGAAUUCUUCCGUAUUUUUUAUGCACUGUCGGUUAGUUUGUUUUACUUAACACCAGUUACAUUUGUUAACACUACCCGAUUUUAGGAAAAAUUGGCAGUAAGUGACGCGAAGCAGUUGAUGCAGUUACAAAUUUAUAUAAUUCGAAGGUGUUAACUCUAUAUACUGUGUACUAGACAGUGCAAUAUGAUCGAAAAUGACAUCUUGAUUGUCAAAUAAUUUACACCAAUCCAUCGAUAAUGCUUUAUAAUGAUCGUCUGAAUAUUCCUUAAAGCACUUGAGGAAGCUCUUAUGUUCAGUUUACUAGUAGGUCUCCAGAUCACAAUGGUCUUGAACAGCUUAGUUAAGAAGGUUGAACCAGACAAGGCUGUUAUUGGUUUGAAUACUGACUGGCAUAGCGUCUUUGGUGUGAAGAAGCUUCUGCAGUUACUUACCUAACUGAAUUCCAGUCACACUUAGUCUGUUAGUUAUCGCCUUUUUUGUCACAAGUCUAUCCUUUUUGAGCAUUGGAACUGUGAUCCAUCGGUCUAAGCACUAGAAUAUCAACCACUAGGUCAUAUAUGCUAAGUCUGGUUCACACACUUGUAACAGUAAUAAAACUAUUACGCAUGUUAUUAUCAUGAACUUGUUCUUUUACUUGCAGGGCGACAGAGGGUAGAUGCGUUGGAGGAAGGAUAUCAAACUCUUCAUAAACUGAACUUUUAAGGCGUCUAUAAAAUUAUAUUUUGUGAAGACAUGUACCUGCCGAUCGCGUUAUUCAAUUUUAGGAAUAUAAUUCGUUGCUCUCGUACUCUGUGUUCUCCUUCCUUGUAUAUUCAUUAGUUACUGAUUGUGUGAUGUUUCAUAUCCUUCCUACACUCUAGUGAACGGCGCUAGCAUGUUAUCUACUGAGGUUUAGACUACUCAUUAGUAGACUUUACUCCAAGAAAGUGGUUUAAUUCGUAGUCCAUUAUGUAAAAUGCGCUUGAAUGCUGAGUUAUUCCAUUAAAGCUGUUGUUAUUCAGUACCAAUUGUGAAUCAAAUAAAUUGUGGUGGAUGAGUCUUUGUUUUCACACUAUUGUUGUCUCCCAGGAGGACGUUUGUAACUAUUCCUGAUCUACCAUAAUGGGGAAACCUAGUGGUCCUGCUCCACAAGUUAAUGGGAUUUCUCCAAACCAAGGAACACCUGGGACAAAACUGACUAUUAGGGGAGAAAACUUGGGGAACACCGCAAGUGAUCUUCUACAUGUAUUCAUUGGUGGGAUAGAUGUUGGAAGAAGUGCUCAAUGGUUCUCACCCAAGAAACUUACUGCAAUUACACCACUGGGAGAAGGUGAACUUGAGAUCGUUGUGGUUACCGAUAGCGGAGGGAUUGGAACUGCCGCAGUGAUUUAUCGUCAAAAUAUGCUCCGCGUAGUCAGUCCACAAACUGUUGUAACUUAUUGGCCAGAAGAUGAUAGACGUGUUGCUCCUACCAGUGGUAGUACUUCUGGAGGAUCAUCCGGAUCUACUGUAGCUGUUGGAUGUGUUCCUGGAGCAGAGCUCGAUCAUUCCACUGGCCUUCCAAUGUCGGAGUUGAGUCGAAUUAGUAUGCCACUGUCAGACUCUGCUUUGAGAGAAAUAUACCCACGUUCAGGUUCUGUACAUUUGGCCGAUAAAGAUUUUAACCCAGUUAUGUUUCUACUGAAAUUCUAUAAGAAUUCAAAUUUUAAUGAUUUAUUGGUUACGGUGAAAAAUUUUCGCCAAAGUAUGGGUCAGGAAGGUCCAAGUGAACCUGUCAAUGUUAUUAGAACAAAUCUAGUUUUGAUUUUUCGGUGUCUGGACGGAAUGGAUAGUUUACGCCGUAGAUUGGACAAUGAGAAGAAGUCAAUUGAAACAAAUAACAGCAAUGAUUUACGUUUGGAAUCAAUUCUUUACGAUACCCGUACACUUGGUCACCGUUUAUUUGAAGAUAUUUUAAAACGUAGAGAUAGGGGUGAUUCAAUUAAAAAUGCUAUAUCUGUUUUGCAACGUUAUCAGUUCCUGUUCAAUCUACCACAUGCUAUUCGAACAAAUAUAUCCAAAGGUGAUUACAAUUUGGUAUUAAAUGAUUACUUACGUGCGAAAUCAUUAUUCUCCAAUUCAGAUGCUGAAGUUCUACGCCGUGUUUAUAUUGAUGUCGAAAAUGUGGUUGCUAAAUUUUCUGUUAUGCUUCGUAAACAACUAAUUUCUAUGCCAAUUGAUUGUGAUGAUGCGAGACAUAAAAUUGGGUAUCUGACACAAUUAGAAGUGGAUUAUGAUCCUGGUUGGUUAUGUUUGACAUAUUUCAAAGAUUGGCUGAUCGAUCAAUUACGUAAUUACCAACGUAUAUCUCAUCAAGAUAUGGUCGAUGGUAAUUCCAUGAAAAGUAAACAGUUUGAUGGUUCUAAUAUCAUUGGCAAUCUUCUCUCCGUGGAUAGUAAAUCGUCUGUAAUGAAUCCUGAUUCAUUUAUCUUAUUUGCUGAAGACUUUUAUGGUGUCCCACCAAUGGUUGGUAUGGUGAAAGCAGUAUGUCGUUUACUUACUACACAUGUUAUUCAAUUUUGGCGUUUGGGUACAGCUUAUAUUUCGGGACAGUUAAAUUAUAACAAUCAAAAAUCUUAUGAUAAACUUGAUCAGACGUCGUCAACAAAUGAUCCGAAAGCGGCAUGGCUGCAAAUCAAUUUGGAACUUGUACACUCUGUGUCCAAUCACAUGCGUGAUAUUGUUCUUGAAGCUUUCAGCACUACAUCUAAUGAAACUUCAUUAACUGAUCAUUUAUUAGAGUGUAUAAAAGAAUAUAGGCAAUGUUGUAGUUCCCUACCAUUGUCAGAGAUGUCAUCUGAAAUCUGUGAUAUAUUUGCUAAACUUGCUUAUGACCUACGUAAACUUGCUGUUCGUGGAAUAUUUCUUCGUGCUCAACUUACUAUCGAAACACUACAAAUUAAAGAAAGAUGGGAUGUGGAUUUAACUGAUACUGAUGGUGGAAUUACUAAACUUCCUUUAUUGUAUGAAGAUAUUAUUGCCGACUCAUUCAUACUUUGUGAAGAUCAAGUAUUUCCGAGAACAUCAAUAGAAAAACCACUUUUUGACUCUGAUGAACUUCAAGAACGUUUUCCAGAAUGGUCCGGAAUAGGAAUGAUUAGUUUCAUCGCAGUAUCACAACGUUUAGCUGAUCAAAUUGAACAUACUGUGCAAAGGGCCCAUGGUCAAGAUGAAUCAUCUAAUGAUAAUCAACAGAGUUGGAUAGAUUCAGGUGUUAAUAAUUUACGAAAUUCUGGACAAAACAUUAUUUCACAGGCUAGAGGAUUACUUUUAGUUUUAAAUAAUGUUGAAUGGGUUGCAUGUCAUGCAAAUUAUCGUCUAUUAAAUUUAUACAAGUCAUUGGGUUAUGUUGCAGUUGAUCGAUUAAAAGCUACUUUAGAUGAAGCAUGGGAUGAAGGUCGAAAGGAUAUUUGUUCAAGAUAUGUGAAAUUACGUAGUGAAUGGUUAUGUUUACCGCUUCAAUCAUAUUUAUUAAAUCUUUUACCAUCGGAAAGAUACAUAAAUACCAAGAAAAAGGAUGAUAUAUAUUUAAUAAAUGGCAUACACAGUUCACUACAAGAAGUUUUAGCUAAUUUAUCGCAUAUUUAUUCUGAAUCAAUUUUACUCAUUGGAUUGAAAUCCAUUCAGUCGUCGUCAUCAUCCUAUCGAAGUAAUUUUAUCAAUGAGGCUAAUGACAGGAAACCAAUUUGUUCUAUUAGUAUACAAGAGAUUUUUCAUCAAAUUAUUCAGUAUCUUAUUCAAUAUAUUCAUGAUCGUUUAAUUGAACGUAAUCUAUCGGAUUGGUCACAAUUAGCUCAAUUACAAUUAACUUUGGAUUUGAAUGCAAUGAAAUUAAUUUUACCAAAUUAUUUAUUUACAAAUGAAUCAAAUAAACUAUUAAAUAUAAUAUGCUCUCGUUACAAGAUUAAAAUAACUCCAGUAUUCAGUUAUUUAGGAAGCGAAGAAUCUCAACAUUUGUCGAAAUUGCUUGAGAAAGAAAAAGUUAAAAUGCGUUUAUUAAUUAAUGGUUUAACUACACUUCAAUCACCACGUCGAGAAUCAAUGGUUACAGGAUAAUAUUAUUAUCAUAAUCGUUAUUUUCUCAUGUAUUAUCACUCCGAAUCAUACAGAUACAAAUGAAUACACCAGAAAUCCACCUUCUCGUGGUGAUUAUCUCAUGAUGUACUUAUUGUUUUUUUUUGUUUUUUUUUAAAAUUUACUUUGCAUAAACUGUAAUUUUAAUCUGUGAUUGAUUUUCACGUGUAUAUGCGACUAUUGUUCCAACUAAUCAUAAAAGUGCUGUUGCUUUUUUUAAAAAAAAACUACUUCACAGUAUAAUCUCUUUUACUGAAAAAAAAUCCGAGAAGAAAUCGAAUAAAUUUUGUAAACAAAGAUCACUUUACUUCUAUGCUUGAUGUUGGGUCUUUUUUAAAUGAAAGAAAGUUAUGAUUCUUGUUUACAUUUUGGAAAAUAUAAUCAGUUUGUUUACUUCUGAUGUUGACUUUGAAAUUUUUGUCAUACAGCUUAGUAAAUAGAAUUUUGUCUUGAAGGGCAAAUUAAUAGUUUUAUUUCUGAAUGUUGUUGCUAUAAGUCGAUUGUAUUAUUAAAACGGGUCACCUUUAGGAUUAUUA